AUGGGCGGGGUGCGCCACUGGGGCGUGGCUUAGAGGGCGGGGCGAACCCCAGGGCUGUGCGCCGUGGGGCGGGGCCGCGGGCGCCAUUGCGCCGCUACCGGCUGGCGGUGGUCUCGUCAGGCGCGAGGGCCCACGCCUAGUCCCUCGGCCCUCCCCCAGCUCAGUUCUGCAGCCUGGUCCCGGCCUGGUCUCCGCCCUGUCCCCGCGGCGGCGCGCGCGGCACGUGGGGCGGGGUUCCGGGGAUGAGGCGGCGGCGGCGCGCAGAGACGAUGCUCCGCAGCUGAGGAGACGCGGCGCCCCGAGCGCGGCGCCACCCGCGGGAUGGCUCAGCCGGUCGGCCCGGAGGGCGGCGAGGGGCCUCCGGACGCCAGGGCGGCCGCGGGCUCGCAGGACGCGCUGAGCCUGGAGGAGAUCCUGCGGCUCUACAAUCAGCCCAUCAACGAGGAGCAGGCGUGGGCCGUGUGCUAUCAGUGCUGCGGCUCCCUGCGCGCCGCGGACGCCGGCCGCCGCCAGCCCCGCCGCCGGGUGCGCUCGGCCGCGCAGAUCCGCCUGUGGAGGGACGGCGCCGUCACCUUGGCGCCCGCCACCGGCGACGCGGGUAAAGUGGAAUAUUCACAUUGUACAGAAACUGAGGUUAUAGAAUCUUUGGGAAUUAUUAUUUAUAAGGCACUGGACUAUGGCUUGAAGGAGAAUGAAGAAAGGGAGUUAAGCCCCCCACUGGAGCAGCUCAUUGAUCGCAUGGCCAACACAGUAGAGGCUGACGGCAGCAAUGACGAGGGCUACGAGGCUGCAGAUGAGGGUCUGGAGGAGGAUGACGACGAAAAGAGGAAAGUUUCAGCCAUCCGGUCCUAUAGAGAUGUCAUGAAGCUGUGUGCUGCUCAUCUCCCGACUGAAGCAGAGGCACCAAAUCAUUACCAGGCAGUAUGUCGUGCACUGUUUGCAGAGACGAUGGAGCUGCAUACGUUUCUGACCAAAAUCAAGAGUGCGAAGGAGAAUCUGAGGAAGAUUCAAGAAAUGGAGAAGAGUGAUGAAUCUAACACAGACCUGGAAGAGCUGAAAAAUGCUGACUGGGCUCGGUUCUGGGUGCAGGUGAUGAGGGAUUUGCGGAAUGGAGUAAAGCUCAAGAAGGUCCAGGAGCGGCAGUACAACCCGCUGCCCAUUGAAUAUCAGCUCACCCCAUACGAGAUGCUAAUGGAUGACAUUCGAUCCAGAAGAUACACUUUGCGAAAAGUGAUGGUGAAUGGUGAUAUUCCCCCUCGGUUAAAAAAAAGUGCUCAUGAAAUCAUCCUGGACUUCAUCCGAUCAAGGCCUCCUUUAAAUCCAGCCUCAGCCAGAAAACUGAAACCUACUCCACCGCGGCCCCGGAGCCUUCAUGAAAGAAUCCUGGAAGAGAUCAAGGCCGAGAGGAAGCUGCGGCCUGUGUCCCCCGAGGAGACCAGACGCAGCAGGCUCGCAACGCGGCCACUUAGCAUGUCUUACAGUUUUGACUUGUCAGAGGUGACAACCACUGAAUCUCCCAAGAAUGUUGCAGAAUCAUCCAUGGUGAAUGGAGGUGUGGCGUCACAGCCUAGAGAAGGUGGGUCAGGAACCGCCCAGCAGGUGCCUGUGCCACGGAAGAAGCUCCUCAAAGCCCCGACGCUGGCUGAGCUGGACAGCUCCGACUCAGAGGAGGAGACCCUGCCCAGGUCCGCCAGCAGCAGCAGUGCGUCUCCCUCCUUCCUGGAAGAUCCCUUCCUGGAGACUGUGUCCACAAGGAAGAACCCUCCCAAGUUCUUGCCCAUAUCCUCCACACCUCAGCCUGAGCGACGGCAGCCACCCCAGAGACGACAUUCCAUUGAGAAGGAAACACCCACUAACGUGAGACAGUUCCUGCCGGCAUCCAGGCAGAGCUCCCGGUCUCUCGUUCCAAGGAUGACCAGAGCAUGGCCAGCGCCGCCUUUCCGACCACUUUUUUCUACCCUCCAAACAGCUUCUCUGCUCGGCUCUCACCCUUUGGAGGCAGCCAUGCUGGGGGUAGCAGGGGCUGUUUAUUAUCUGUGUGAGAGAGCUUUUACCAGCAGGUGGAGACACACCCAGGAGGAGUUCUGCUACCCGGUGGAGUGCCUGGCACUGACCGUGGAGGAGGUGAUGCACAUUCGUCAGGUCCUGGUCAAAGCAGAGCUGGAAAAGUACCAACAGUACAAAGAUGUCUACACAGCUCUGAAAAAAGGAAAGCUUUGCUUUUGUUGCCGAACCAGAAGGUUUUCCUUCUUCACCUGGUCUUAUACCUGUCAGUUCUGUAAGAGGCCGGUGUGCUCACAGUGUUGCAAAAAGAUGCGGCUGCCCUCCAAGCCAUACUCCACCCUUCCUAUCUUUUCACUGGGACCGUCUGCCUUGCAGAGAGGGGAAAGCUGUAUGAGGCCAGAAAAACCCUCCACUGGCCACCAUCGGCCACUUCGGAGCAUUGCCAGAUUGUCCUCAAAAUCCAAGUCUGUGGACAAAUCAGAUGAAGAACUCCAAUUUCCUAAAGAGCUGGUGGAGGACUGGAGUGCUAUGGAGGUGUGUGUGGACUGCAAAAAGUUCAUUUCUGAGAUCAUCAGCUCAAGCCGCCACAGUCUGGUGUUGGCCAACAAGAGAGCUCGAUUGAAGAGGAAGACGCAGUCCUUCUAUGUGUCCUCAGCAGGCCCCUCAGAGUACUGCCCCUCAGAGAGGACCAUCAGUGAGGUCUGAGCCCUGUGCCUUCCUGUGGGAGUUACAUUCCUGUGAGGACACUGAGUGGGCUGUCACUGUCUCCUCACCGUGGUUAACAGGCUUGGGUUUGCAUGAGAAUCAGGGUUUUGCUGUGUCGCAUUGUUCCACAGACUAAAUGCUGUGUUCAUGUCAAUUGAUAACACAUGACCAGUCACCAGUUGCUCAUCUGUACUAAGAGGACAGUAGUUUGAAACUUGAUUUUGUGUGAUUAUAGAUUUGGAGGCCAGAAACUUUCCUUAGUUCUUUACUGUGCCUGAAAUAAUGUUCUAAGGCAGAAAGGUUCUCGUGUGAGGAAUCAGUCUAGCACAGGCUUAGAGGCCAGCACGGUCUAAGCAGUAAGUCAUAUUGGCAUUUCCACUGACAGUGUUCCUACCUGAUGAACACAGACCCCUGGAGGCCUCACAGCACAGAACUUGCAAGGGUUUGCUUGUGCGUCAAACUGGUUUUAAGUUAUUGUUGCUCUGAGACACUUGGGAAGGGCUCUCCACUGCCUCCCAGGACAAAGCAUCUGAGCUGUAGGCCUAGGGGGGUGCCUGUGUCCCUGGGCAGCAAGGCAGUGUCCCCUGAGCAAGUGCUAGGCUGUCCUUACCUUGAAUGUAUUAAAACAGUUACUAGUAGUUCUAUAUUGGAGGUCUAAGAAAAGUUUUUUGGCAUCAUGGGACAAAAAGGCAGGCUAAAAGUUUGUCCAGAAGCUCAGUACUUUGGCCUCUUAGAAGAAGGGCUGUGAGCACCCACCUUUCCAGCAGCAAUUUUCAUAACUUUACAGUCUCACCAUCAUGACUGAAUUAAGCCACAAUUUGGUACGUAAGGUCUCAAACUGAAAUUUAUUUUUAUAAAUGAAUUUUAAAGGAAAACCAUGGUCUAGUCUUUUAAAAUUACUAGAAAAUUAACCUGCUGAUAAGCUUUUUGGAUGCUUUUUGCACACAUUUUCCUUGUAAGCGACUUGAGUGGGUAGGGUGGGCUUUGAUGAAGCCAAGCUGGAAGCAGCACCAUACACGUGUCAUUUCUCAGCUGUGUGGUCCAUUCCGUGGCAUCUCUCUCUGUGGUUCUGGUUGGCUCAGUGGUGACCAGUCACAUUCAUAAGCCUGGUUAAUGAGCCAGGCCGCUUUCUGACACUCUGGGACACGUCUGCAGUCAGCACUGGAGACAGCACUGCUCACCAAAAGGCAUGGCAGUCACUCCACGCCCCCUCAACAUUUCUAUAGGAAAUUAACAGUAAUACCUCAGAACUGCUCUGGUAGUGGUUUUUCAUAGUUGAAAUUUAUAAGUUAGUAAAUUGCUUAAAAUUACUUACACUUACAAAAUAAACUUUACCAAUUGACUUAAUUAAUGCAUGUUAACAAUUUGUAUUUGCAUGUAAAAGUGGGCCACCAGAAAACCCUGAUUAUGGAAAUAUUUACUGUUUCCAAGAGGCUCAUGUGAGAGCUUAAAAUGUUACAUUGAGUGAAUCUUGUUUGUACAGUUUUCCAAGGGACAGUUUCAACUCUAGACCCUUGAUGGUUUGGCCUGAGUCUCUAGACCAUCCCCAGGACAGGUGCAAGGAAGACAGUGAGAGGGGUGGGGGUGGGUGUUUGUGUCCAUGGGAAAAACAGACCCAGGAGAGAGUGCUUUUUAAAAUAAUGGCUAGUUUAUAGGUGUUUCUAAAAUACAAAAAGCUAACCCCUCCCCCCAAACGAGAAUCCCAUUCACAUGGCAAAAUCUAGCCCAUGUGGUCCUUGACUUCACUGCUCCAGGUCUGUGACACUGUUCAGCUACUGGGACAUUGUGAGCGGCAGGUUUCCAUGGGACAGUAUGCACAAAGAGUAGAAAAGGGCACGCGGCACAGCUGAGAUUGUAGAAAUCAAAUCCCCGCACUCAAUCCUCCCGCAUCCAUGGCCUGUGUCUGGCACCUCAGCCAAACUGGAUAAUUCCAGAGAGACAUCCACUGCUGGCCUGUGGGGCAUGCUUUCACAGUCCUUAGCCUUUCCCCCCGCCCGCCCUUGUUCUUGGGAUCCCAGAUUGGUCUUUGUGCUGCUUCUGGCACGCACUUCUGAAGUCUGACGACAGCGUCGCUGGCUGGCUGGCUGUCCUCAGGUGGAAUCUGAUGUGUGUCUGUGUGCUGGCCUCAUUCUCACCCUCUUACUCCAGGCUGAGAACACUUUCAUUUCACUUCUCACAGUUUAACUUUCUGUCAGUGUCAGGAAAGAUAGCAAAGCUUGUAAAUACUGUAAUAUAUUUAUUGAUAUCUGGAGGGCAUUCAUUCAGCGGACAGUGAGAAUUAACUCUCCCAACACAAGUAAAAGUUAAGUACAUCAACUUAAUAGUCUCACUAGAUUUCAAGUCUUAAGCCUUUCAAAUUAAACCAGAAAGUUGUCAUGUAGGAGUUUUUAAAAUGAUCUUACAUUUGAUGAGAUCCCAUGAUCUCAUAAACUCACAUCAUGUGGUCAGCACCGUAAACUCAUGCCAUGAAUUUUUUAAGACUCUUAUUUUUCUAACUGUAUUAAUAAAUGUCAGACUGGAUUUUAGGUGUCACAUAGGAAAGUUUUAAAUUAUAUUGCUAUUUGCUAGCGCAAAAUAGCAGACAAUUUUGUACGUGGAGAACUGUUGAAGGGCCAUGGAGAAAUGUGUACACGUUGACCUGGCUUCUUGCGUGUAUAAAGUCCAGGCACUGCUGGCAUUCAGCGUAACAUGACGCUACCAAACAUUUUCCAUUAAAGUCUUUUAAAAUUUAUUGAGGAGAAAAUAAAUGACUUUCCAUCAUA